AUGACGGCCGAGGGGGCAGUGCUGCUGCUGCUCCCUCAGCCUGGACAACACGGCAAAAAUAGAGAAACCAAGACUACUAUAAAGCCUACCAGCACGUCUGCUGUUGCCUCCACAGAUUCCUGGAAAGACCACUGGAAAGUCACGGAAACAUUUGUCAUGGAUUACUGUACAGAUGAUGUGAAUGUUACAGAAAUUCAGAGAGGACCAGAGGUGAUAGCAAAGGAUCCAGACUACAUCAACAUUACCAAUUUUUCCCCUGGGGGCCAAUUCAAUGUGACUGUGGAUAAUAAUUGUUCCUCGAUACCAAACUGUACCACAUGUGCAAAGCUCUGCCCCGUGGAGGACCUUACUUUAGGGGACCGGACCAACAAUUCCAUAAUUCUUCACUGGAAAAACCUAGCUGACUGCUGCCACAUGUCCUCCAGAGCCAACUUUUCAACAGUCCCUAAUGAUAGCUGCAGUAGUUGCACGGCCUACAUCUCAGGGCUGUUGCCCGGGCAAGAUUACACCAUGACAGUAUACAGAACACUACAGAAUGGAAGGUGUAGCCAGGAAACAUCCAUCAAUGUGACCACUAUGCCUUCGCCAGUCCUGGAUGUUGAGAUACAGAAUCGCACAGUGGAUAUGCUGGAGAUUGGGUGGGGGCCACCACUUCAGGACCCUCACGUCGGCACCUACAGGUACAGGCUCUGCCUGUUGAAUUGCAGCAUCACCCCAGGAAACCUAUGGUUGGUGCGUGAACUGGAAGCAGGCAGUACAUACAGCGUUGAGGUCUCUGCCAUCACCACCAGCAAUGUCUCCAGCAUUGUGACGACCAUCCAGGCCACCACAGCUCCAAACAUGCCUGAGAAUAUAACUGUGGGAUGUUGCAGCACCAAUAACUUUUCCAUUUCCUGGAAUCGCCCCAGAGACGUCAAUGAAACAGCUUAUUUUUAUUCGGUGAUCUGGUUCAGGGAAAACUGCACAGAUCCAUUGGGGAACAAGACCACUAAUGGCUCCAGCUACACCAUCAAAGGACUCCAGCCCGGGAAACUGUACCUAGUGAAGCUGGCCUCAAAUAUAAAUGGUGUUAAGAGCAAAGAAGCCAGGAAAUGGGCUUUGACAUCCCCCUUGCCCCCUACACACUUCAACAUCGAGAUAAUCAACCAGACAGCGGUCGCACUAUCCUGGGUGAUCCCAAGCCCAGCUCCCACUGGCUUUGCGCUCUGGUGGAAGAAAUCAAAUGAGUCCAAUGAAAAUGAGAAGCUGCUCAAUACAUCUGCAAAUACUACUUUGAACAGGCUUACUGCAAGCACCAACUACACCUUCACAUUGCUAAGCAUAGAGAAAAGAGAAGAGCUGGCAGUGUACAGCACUGGCAUUCGGCAAAAAGGGGCUACAAAACCAGACCUUGUGAAUGAUGUGAAGUGCCUGGCCUUGGGAGGGGGCUACAGCCUGAAAUUGUCCUGGACGUGCCCAUCCAGUAAGGUCAGUAAAUUCCUGGUGCUGGUGUCAGGCCAGAUUUGCAAAGAAUGGCUGACCUGCAAAGAGUCAACAGUGAUCGACAACCUGCAACCUGCCAAGAGCUACCAGAUUCAAGUGAAAACGUUUUGGUAUGACCUGCAGGAGGCAUCCAAUCCUGUGGAGUGUUCCACCCAAAAUACAGGGGUCAUAGUCGGAACUGUGUUUGCUGGGCUGCUUCUCUUAGUCAUCCUCAGUCUGCUGCUGUUCUAUUUCUGGAGAAGGAGGAGCAACAAUGUCUCGGAGAAGCAGAAAGCAGAUGUGGCACUGCCUAGAGUCCUUGCCUCCGUGCCUGUGGCGGCUUUCCCAAAUUACUGCUGUGGACACUUCUCUGACAGCGCCUUUGGUUUUGCCAAGGAAUACCAGCAACUGCAGGACACAGGGACAGGACAGUCCCAGAGUGUAGCAGAGCGGCCAGAGAAUCAAGCUAAGAAUCGCUAUAGCAAUGUCCUGCCAUAUGACCACUCGCGAGUUCAGCUCACCCCCAAGUCCAGAGAUCCCAACUCAGAUUACAUCAAUGCAAGUUAUAUCCCUGGCUUCGAGAGGCAGAAGGAGUUCAUAGCUGCACAAGGUCCGCUGCCUGGGACCCUGUACGAUUUCUGGCGCAUGAUAUGGGACCAACAGAUCAUGACCCUGGUCAUGCUCACCAACUGCAUAGAGAGUGGACGGGUGAAAUGUGAACACUACUGGCCCCUGGACUACACACCCUGCACCUAUGAUGACAUUACUGUAUCUGUUGUCACAGAAACCAUCCUCCCUGAUUGGACCAUCCGGGACUUCAGCAUCAAGCGGAUGAACCUACCUGAGGUCCGUCUUGCCAGGCAUUACCACUACAUGUCAUGGCCAGACCAUGGGGUGCCCCAGAUCACAAGCAUCCUCCUUCGCUUUCGAGACCUUGUGAGGGACCACAUUGAGCAACACGAAGGCAGUGGGCCAGCUCUGGUUCACUGCAGUGCUGGUGUAGGCCGGACAGGGACAUUCAUUGCCCUGGAUUCCCUGCUGCGCCAAGCCCAGAUCACGGGUGAGAUUGGUGUCUUUUCAUUCGUCCAGAGGAUGAGGAUGAACCGCCCGCUCAUGGUUCAGACCGAGUCCCAAUACGUCUUCCUGCACCAGUGCCUCCUGGAUGGAAUCCAACUUGCUUCGCAGAACAGCAGAGAGAAAAUGGAGCACAGCACAGUGUAUGAAAACACAUUGGCUCUGCAAGGCUAUGAGGUGUCCCGGGUGUGA